UGGUAUUAUUGCUACAUCUCUGGCCACAUGAUUUCGUCCUUAGAAACAGACUAUAUGAAAUUAUGAAUGAAACAUGUUGGUUGGUUGUUUCGUUCCCCGGCCUAUAGGCUAUAGCUAUUAGCAAUAAAUCAUGAAAUUGAAAUCCUUCUUCUCCUCCCCCUGGUUUCUCCAAAUUAUACUGCUACUUCUGCAAACUAGUUUUGCAACAAGUAAAAGGACAAAAUGUCUCCCUUCUCAUUGCGGCAAUAUCACUAACAUAUUGUAUCCAUUUCGGCUGAAGGAUGACCCUGCAACUUGUGGGCAUCGGGAGUAUGAAUUAACUUGCCAAAACAACCAGACAUUAUUGCUACCUUUGUUUCCAGGCCAAAACUACCAUGUGAAGGCAAUCAACUACAACAAUUUCACAGUCCGGCUCGUUGAUCCCGCCAUUCAUGAGACUGAUUGCUCCUCCAUUCCUCGCUAUUUCCUAUCCGCCGCCAAUUUCUCUGGUUCCUACGAUGAUAGAUUCACCACUUAUGACGGACCUGGCUAUGGCAACUACGACGAUGCAGAGUCUUAUGAAGUCAUUCAAAAUCAAUUAUAUAAUAGAACCGAUGAUGCCUUUCACAUCCUACGAAUGCUGCAGCACGUGAUUUACAUGAACUGUAGCAAUCCAGUUAGGGAUGAUCCAGUGUAUGUGGAUACAGCAGCUCCCUGCAGCAGCAGCAACGUUGUUGUUAAUUCGCAUGAUGAUUCAAAAGGCCAUGUUUAUGCCAUCGCUGGAGACUUGACGGCUGGGAGUUCAAAACCUUACUGCCAUGUCAAGGUUGUUACUCCUGUAUCCAUUUUUGCUGACAAUUCUUGUCCAACGCAGGUAGUGAAACCCAACCAAACAUCUUCCUAUGGUGAAAUUCAUAGGAUGUUAGUCACUGGAUUUGAGGUUUCAUGGAUGACUCGAAUUUGUCAAGAUCGUUGUGAUAAGCCUGGUUGUUUUUUCAAUUGCACCUCCCAGAAGCUCCAAUGCAACAAUUAUCAUGACUGUACAAGUCCACUGGGAUAUCCAAUCACUUGUGGUACUGGGGGGCAUAAAUUAGGAAUUCGGACAAAGGGGCGCUUAUUUCUCGAAGAAUUUUUACUCGGGAUUGGCAAAGGACUAACAAUGGGAAGGAUACUUGAUGAAUCUUUUGGCUUUUGGGAAUCUCAAUCCAUUAAUAUAAUUGGAAGAGCUGCGGGGUUUGUUUUGGCAACAUUUAUUGAAAUAAGACUUAUAUUUGGUCUCAUAAUCCUCUUUGGAAAACUGAUACAUAUAUAUUGGACAAGACAUGCAUCAGUUUAUGAAAAUAUUGAGGAUUUUCUUCAAGGGAACUCCCUCAUGCCAAUAAGGUACUCAUACAAAGAUAUAAAGAAGAUGACUAAAGGUUUUAAAGACAAGUUGGGUGAAGGAGGCUAUGGUUCUGUUUAUAAAGGAAAAUUGCGUAGUGGAAUUUUUGUAGGCGUAAAGAUGUUGGGCAAACCUAAGGCUAAUGGGCAAGAGUUCAUUAGUGAAGUUGCAACCAUAGGAAGGAUACAUCAUGGCAAUGUGGUUCAACUUAUUGGAUUUUGUGUUGAGGCAUCUAAACGUGCUCUUGUUUAUGAAUUCAUGCCUAAAGGAUCUCUUGAUAAGUAUAUUUCCUCCAAAGAAGAUGACAUCUCUCUAACUUAUAAUCAAAUGUACAGAAUAUCUCUUGGGGUUGCUCGAGGUAUUUCAUAUUUGCAUGAAGGUUGUGACAUGCAGAUUCUACAUUUUGAUAUCAAGCCUCACAACAUCCUUCUUGAUGAGAACUUUAACCUUAAGGUAUCAGACUUCGGUCUGGCAAAACUUUACCCAAUUAACAAUAGCAUUGUCAAUUUGACUGCAGCGAGAGGAACAAUUGGUUAUAUGGCUCCAGAAUUGUUUUAUCAAAAUGUUGGAGGAGUGUCCUAUAAGGCUGAUGUAUAUAGCUUUGGAAUGCUUUUGAUGGAAAUGGCAAAUAGGAGAAGAAAUUUGAAUCCAUAUGCAGAUAAUUCAAGUGAAAUUUUCCUCCCUUUUUGGAUUUACGACCAAUUGAAGGAAGAAAGGGAGAUAGAAAUUGGAGAAGUUACCCAGGAGGAAAAGAAUAAUGUCAAAAAGAUGUUCAUAGUUGCUUUAUGGUGUAUACAGUUGAGACCCAAUGACCGUCCUUCAAUGAACAAAGUAAUAGAAAUGCUUGAAGGAGAUGUUGAAAGCAUUAUAAUGCCUCCAAAGCCUUCUCUAUACCCAACUGAAACUAUUCAAGAUCUUGAAAAUAGUCCUGAUAGUGAUGCUUUUAGUUCAAUGUAAUUUGUUCAGAAAACUUUAUAAUAUAUCCUUUAAUAAAGCCCUCUGCUUCAUAUUUUCUA